GGGGGGGCCAUCGGCCCGGACCGUGCCCCGGACGCCGUCGUCCCCCGCGGCCCCAGGCCGCCUACGUCCCGGGGUCUGGAUCCAGCCCCGCCCUGCCACCGGACCGCUCCUGCUCCGUUCCCUCGGUCUCAGCACACCUGGCUGUCGUGGCGUCAUUGAAGCAAAAACAAGGGUGUCGUUUUAACUCCUUCCUUAUUUCCCCCCCGUGUGAAAUCAUCCUGUGGGUCUGGUGGUUCCACCUCCAAAGCACGUCCGGAACCGGCCCCAGUCACCGGCAUCAGCGUCCUUACCAAGCAGGACCCUCGCGUGGGGCUCUCCUUCCGUUCCUUCCACCCAGGAGCCCCACCGAGCUUGUCUUCAACCCUCCAGGGGCUCCUGCUGUGUUAGAGUAAAGCCCAGCUCUUUGUCCUCAUCCCCUAGGACACCCCUCAGAAAGCUCCGGUCUCCAAGCUUGUCUUCCUCCGUGUUUCUUUCUUAGAAGCUUCGUGUUAAGUGUGCUGGUCCCUGUGCCCAAAGCGCUCCUCCCCAGGUCACCCAUCAGCUGCCUGCCUUCCUCCGUCCCUCCUUCCCUUCCUCAGCCCCGCCUCCCCACCCCCACCCCCCAAGCCAGCCUCAACCACACUCCUGGGCAGCCCCACUGCAUGCGACACUCUGCCCUCCUGGGUCUGCUCCUCAGCACUUUGCUUCCUCCUGACAAACCUACACUGCCCUGUGUGUUCCCCGCUGUUGAGGCCUGGCACUUAGGGAUGUCAGGGGUUACCUUUGAGGUGGCACUGGCUCUGCUUUCCAGGUCUCGGUGCCGUGGCCGCCAGAGCCUGCAGUAUGUUCCAUGGGAUCCCAGCCACUCCAGGCAUGGGAGCCCCCGGGAACAAGCCAGAGCUGUACGAGGAAGUGAAGUUGUACAAGAAUGCCCGGGAGCGGGAGAAAUAUGACAACAUGGCAGAGCUGUUUGCGGUGGUGAAGACAAUGCAGGCCUUGGAGAAAGCCUACAUCAAGGACUGUGUCACCCCUAACGAGUAUACUGCCGCAUGCUCCCGGCUCCUGGUCCAGUACAAAGCUGCCUUCCGGCAGGUUCAGGGCUCAGAAAUCAACUCCAUUGAUGACUUCUGCCGCAAGUUCCGUCUGGACUGCCCACUGGCCAUGGAGAGGAUCAAGGAGGACCGGCCCAUCACCAUCAAGGACGACAAGGGCAACCUCAACCGCUGCAUCGCAGACGUUGUCUCGCUCUUCAUUACAGUCAUGGACAAACUGCGCCUGGAGAUCCGUGCAAUGGACGAGAUCCAGCCUGACCUGCGGGAGCUGAUGGAGACCAUGCGCCGCAUGAGCCACCUGCCCCCCGACUUUGAGGGCCGCCAGACAGUCAGCCAUUGGCUGCAGACGCUGAGCGGCAUGUCCGCAUCCGAUGAGCUGGAUGAUUCUCAGGUGCGCCAGAUGCUCUUCGACCUGGAGUCGGCCUACAAUGCCUUCAACCGCUUCCUGCACGCCUGAUGGUUUCCAGUUUCCCAUUGUCCCCUGUGCACCCUGGACACCUGUGCAUAUCCUGCCAUUCACAGCAGUUCUGUGCAUCUGUCCAUGGUGUCAGGACUUCAGGGCCCCCUCCCCACAAUAAAGAUGCUAUCUGACCGUCUUGCUGUGGACGGAUCCCCCAG